UGUUCGAAUUCGAACAUCAAACUCUCCACACCACGCACCGAAAAGUGUCAACCUCAGGAGCUUCUCUCCCAAAAAUCGUCCAUUUCUAUUUCACUCCCAGUGGCAUUUACUACGUUAAAUCGUUACUCCCAAGUUAACGUAACGAUGUCGGGAAAUCUAGACAUUCUUGCUCUGAAGGAUGACGACGUCACCAAGAUGUUGGCCGCGACGACCCACGUCGGCAGCACCUCGGUGAACUUCCAGAUGGAGUCGUACGUGUACAAGCGCCGCCCGGACGGAGUGCACAUCAUCAACCUGGGCCGCACCUGGGAAAAGCUGCUGCUCGCUGCCCGCUGCAUCGCCAGCAUCGAGUACCCCGGAGAGGUCUUCGCCAUCUCGUCCCGCCCGUACGGACAGCGCGCUGUGCUGAAGUUCGCCCACUACACCGAGGCCACCCCGACGGCCGGUCGUUUCACGCCCGGUGCCUUCACCAAUCAGAUCCAGCCGGCCUUCCGUGAGCCGCGUCUGCUGAUCGUCACCGAUCCGCUGACCGAUCACCAGCCCGUCACCGAAGCGUCCUACGUCAACAUUCCGGUCAUUGCCUUCUGCAACACCGACUCGCCGCUCAAGUUCGUCGACAUUGCCAUCCCGUGCAACAACAAGUCGCCGCACUCGAUCGGUCUGAUGUGGUGGCUGUUGGCUCGCGAGGUGCUGCGUCUGCGCGGCAAGAUCACCCACGACAAGUGGGACAUCAAGCCCGAUCUAUUCUUCUACCGCGAUCCGGAGGAGGCCGAGAAGGAACAGGCCGCCCUGGAGGCUGCCCCGGUUGCCAAGGACCUCUACCCGGAGGAACCGAUCGUGGUCGAUGAGACCAACUGGGCCGGUGAAGAUGCCGCUCUGCCAGCUCCUGCUGCUGCUGCCCCAGCUGUGGCCGCUGCCCCGGCUGCCAUGCCCCAGCUGAUGCAGGCCGAUGACUGGAACGAGGAUGAGACCCAGACCGCUGGAUCGUGGGGAGGCGGCGGUACCUUCUAAGAAGGUACAGGAACAUCUUGCGCUAUCACGCUGCGGAUUGGGAAGGACACCACGUGUAUUCGAUGUAGGUGGUUCGGAAGGAGAAUAAACAAGAAAAGGUUUAAACAAA